AUGAGACGCUUUUUAAUUCUCGUACUCUACACUCUUCUCCUCUCCCAUCCACUAGUGGCUCUAGGGGAUGCCACUUCAGACCACGCCCAGCCCCAUGCUAGAAGCCUUGCGACGAUGCAAGCAAGAGGUGUGGGAAAUGGAAAUGGAAAUCGAGAUGACAGUGCGGUUGGACCUAGCGUGCCUACUGGAGCAACUGAUGAUGAAGAAAAUGGCGAUGAUGCUACCGUUAAAGCGGAUGACGACGGAGUUGAUGAUGAUACUAUCGUGGCACCAGGAUUCUUAACAAGUGCCAGUUCCAACAAUGCCGAUGACGACACUGGUGAGGACAAUACUGUCAAGCCAGGAAUAGGGAACAACGAUGCUGUUUUGAAUGAUGAUCUCAACAAACAAGGUGACGACGAGUAUGACACUGAUGAUGGCAAGACAAUCAUCGUUGACGAUGACGAUGAGGAAGAUGGAACUCCAGCUUCACCACCUAUUCCAGCUUUUUUUCAAUCCCCAGCUUCGCCGACCCCAAACCCAACAUCAUCUGCAUCCUUGACUUCGGCACCAACAGAUGAACCAACAGAUUCACCAUCAUCCUCGCCAACCCAAACACCGGUACCGACCGUCGCAGCAUCUGAUGCUCCAUCAUCAACGCCUACACAAACGGCUGCACCCACAAUUGCAGCAUCAGAUGCCCCAUCGUCCACACCAACACAAACGCCAGUACCCACACUUGCUGCAUCAGAUUCCCCAUCAUCCGUACCAACAAAAACGGUUUCACCAACCGCCAAGUCAUCGGACUCGCCCUCUUCGACACCAACGACCGCCCCAAGUGAUCCUCCUGCUUCCGAGCUGCCUUCCACCUCUCCUACUAGUGAUCCGACUAGUGCCCCCACUUAUCUAUCUACCAACAAGGACAAGGACAACCAAGCACCUCUCGCUGAUCUAGUCACACGCUUUCUCAGGCCAUUUUCUCUUCGUCUUUCCGUGAAAGAAACUGAAACUGCCACGGAUGAAGAGAUCCGGGCUGCCGUGAAACUCUCUCUAGAGCAGUUGCUCGAGACCAAGUUGGGUCUGAUCUUUAGUGAUCUCACUGGCAUCGUUUUGGACUAUUUUGCCCCCCAAAGCCGAAGCGUCGGUUCUGAAUUGUACUCUUUCACUGGCAAGGGGUUCUUCAAUUCGACACCAGUCACCGCGCCAUCUCACGCAGCUCUCCAAGCAGCCCAAAUGAAAGUGCUCUUUGAAUUUCUGUUUGAGCUAGAAGAAAUGAUGAAAGGCAAUGGAAUUGAUGUUGAUACGGUUGUAGUUCAGGUUUCAACCGAUUCAAAACAAGACGAAGGGGUCAGCGACAAAAGCAGCGGUGAAGGACAGCAGGGUGUCACAAUUCCAUUUGACGACGACGAUGAUGAGGAUGACGACAGAGAAACAAUCUCGCUUGGAGUACAGGAUGGUCCAAAUAGCUCUUCCAGCGUCUACGUCGUCAUUGCCUCUACUCUCACCGUGUCUGUGGGACUGAUUGUGCUAGGAUUCAAGCGAGGCUUUGGACGCAACGAGCCAGAAGCUGUGAGCAGUACUUCAAGUCGCCAACCUCGUACGAAUGUCAUGGUGGUUGAUGCUGACGAAUCGCCAGUAUAG